AUGACUGAGGUUCAAGGUCACUGCGACGCCCGCUUUUCCAAACUCCGCGACUUGAUGCAAGAGUUCAUCACGUCCGGACAAGACAUCGGCGCCAGUCUGUGCAUUAAUAUCAACGGUGAGGACAACGUGGUGGACAUAUGGGGAGGCUAUGCCGACGCAUCGACCAAGAAACCGUGGGACAAGGAUACAGUGGUGAACGUCUUCUCAACCUCGAAACUUGUCACCAACCUGGCGGCUCUGAUGCUGAUCUCGCGUGGCGUGCUCCACCCUGAGGACAAGGUGUCCCAGCACUGGCCUGAGUUUGCGGCGAACGAGAAGUCCCAAGUCACGGUGGGCCAAGUGUUAUCCCACACGGCGGGCCUCAGCGCGUGGCAGGACAACAUGACGCUGGAGGAUAUAUGCGACCUCGAGGCGGCAACUGACAAGCUGGCGCGCCAGGCAACCCUUUGGGGCCCUGGAACUGCAAUGGGAUAUCACGGUCUGACGCAGGGAUUCCUCGUAGGAGAGCUGGUGCGAAGGAAGACUGGCAUGUCCAUCGAGGAGUUCGUAAGAAAGGAGAUAUGCCAGCCACUGGGCGACGAGGCGGACUUCCAGCUCGGGUGUCGCAAGGAGGACUGGAACCGAGUGGCCCCCGUUGUGCCUCCAUCGGGACCUUCGAUCCAGCAGGCGCUCAGCCAGAUGGCGAGAUAUGAUCCAGACUCGAUCAUGGUGCGCACGCUUUGUAACCCCGAACCCAGGGGCGAGGACGCCAACACCGAGCUGUGGCGGUCCAGCGUGUUAGGCUCAGUCAACGGCCACACAAACGCCAGGGCAUUAGUCAAGAUCCUCUCCUGCUUCUCGCUCGGCGGCACAUGCGCAGGAGGCGGCCAUCGCCUGCUCUCGGCUGAGACGGUGAAACUGGCGCUUACAGAGCAUGCCAUUGGAGUCGAUUUGGUGACGGGGCGGAGCGGGAGACGCGGACUUGGGAUUUACCUCACCGGACCUGGUUCGGGCAUCGUCGAAGACCAGCUACCCGAGGGUAGUGUUGGAUGGGGCAGCGGAUGGGGCGGGUCGAUCGUGGUUAUGGAUAGUGACAGGAAGCUCACGAUUGCUUAUACCAUGAACAGGAUGCUAAAUGCAGCACAUCCUUCUCCGGCCGCGUUUAUUAAGGCGGUUUAUGAGAUUCUUGGAGUUACUGUUGCUGCCUAG